UCAACGGUAACUGUGACAAGUAGCUAGUUUUCAACGACAUGAAGUAUCCUACUUGAUAACGACAUAGUACGUUACAAAGCUGAUAUGUUUCUUAUAUAUUGUUUUCUGGUUUUGUUGGCAAUCUUUAUUCUUUUGAAGCUUAAAGGAAAGCAAAAACGAAAUGGAAAGAAACCUCCGAGUCCGAAAGGUGUUCCUGUGUUUGGAAAUGCGUUGGAAAUUAACGAAAAAAACACCUUAGACAUGUUAUUCAAGUAUGCGGAAGAAUAUGGGGACAUAUUUGAAAUAAAACUGCUGCAUGAAACUUUGGUUUGUCUGAAUUCUGAAGGGAUGAUUCGUAAAGCGUUAGCAGGCGAGCCUUAUAAACGGUAUAUGAACGAUAAGGCUAAAUCUUUCUACAGUGAAACAAUGCUGUACGGAAGCCAGAGCGUGUUUACGUAUGGAGACGCUCACAGCAAAGUUUACAAUGGAAUGCGAAAAGGUAUAAUCAAAGCUCUGCACGUUUACGGACAAGAAGGCUUCAAUGAAUUUGAGAAGAAAAUCCAACAGGAGCUUGAUCGUCUCAGUCGAAAGAUUGCGUCAUUUGGUGACCAUGACUUUGAUGUUGUCGCACUUUUUAAACGAUCGCUAACAAAUGUUGUUUCUCUGGUGCUUAAUGGAGAAAUAAUUGAAGAUGAUGACGAUGUUGUGAACAUAUUCUGGGACUACGUAGAGGGUGUCAACUACUUUGUUUCUGCCAGUGUCAACAAUAUCCUAACAUUUUUACCAUUCCUGCGAUAUGCCCCCGGUUUCAAGAGUAAAUUCAACCAUAUGUAUAAUGGAAAAGAAAGAAUUAUUGAAAGAUUCUUUAGAAAGCGGAAGAACAAAGUGGAUGGAGGUCCGAAAGGUCUGGCUGACUUUCUAAUAGAAGAGCAAAGACAAUCGAUAGAACAAGGAAAGGAAGUCAUAUUUACCGAUGAAAGAAUUAUCAGUAAUAUCCUGGAGACUGUUGCUGCAGGAAUUCUAACUACUCUCUCCGUAUUGACUAGUACAUUGCUAUGUUUGAUCAACUACCCAGAGUAUCAAGAUAAAGUUUUUAGGGAAUUGGAUAGAACUAUUGACUAUUGGCAGAGAACGUCCACCGGUCCACACAGACAAGCCUAAUUGCCCUCAUUUAGAAGCAUUAGAGCUUGAAGUUCACAGACUUCUGACUGUGGUGCCUAUCUUAGCAGGUCGCAAAUGUACGCAAGAUCUUAAUUUAGAAGGAUAUGAUGUGUCAAAAGGAACACUGGUAGUUGCAAAUAUUUGGCGUAUUCACCAUGAUCCAAAUAUAUGGGGAGAUCCGUGGAACUUCCGCCCUGGACGAUUCCUGGGAGCUGACGGUCAACUGCUUCCAAGAGAUCACGUCUUCCGACGAAACUGUAUUCCAUUUGCAGUAGGUAGAAGACAAUGCCUUGGGGAACAGUUUGCAAAAUCAAGGUUUUUUCUGUAUAUGGCCACGUUGCUAGGGCGGUGGAAAUUUGUUGGCUCUCCCGGAAAGUUUGGGUCAUGCGAUGCAAGAACGAGGAAAGACAUGGACACUAAUGUAACAAUUAGACCAAAGCCAUUCUUCUGUACAGCAGUAAAAAGAUUCUAGACCGAUUUGUUUGCAAAAGCAAGCUAAUAUCGGACAGUGUAGCGAGAUUUAACAUUGAUUUAUACUAUAAAUUAGGUAUCGGAAUAUUAUCCGAUGGUGAAAUGACAUCUAUUAUUAUGUCUCCCACCACACACAGGUACAUUCAUCACCUUUAGUGAUAGCUCUAGUUUAUCCAGACGUGAUGUUACAUGACAAAGACCCUAGCCUUGCAAAAUCUUAUAGCGUUUGCAAACGACCGUUUGGAUGAACUGGCAAUGCCUAAGCUUGGAGCUAGGCCUCACAAGUGUGCAAAUAGAUCAGAUAAUUGAGGACAAGCCCCACAGUGUUGCUAUGCAAAUCUAUAAAAUGCUGAUACAGCGGAGACUACCACUACCACCAACAUUAAAUCGCCCCUAUUGGAUGUACGCACAUAUUGAGUGUACUAUCCCCAUGUGGUUCUGGGACGAUCUGUGUAUGAAAAGAAUUGGAACCACUACCUUACCCUUGCAUGAUCGUAAGAGGCGACUAAUAGGGUCUUAACACUUGGUUUUGCAGUAACUGUGAUUCCAGCAGGUAUGCAAAUUUUGAUUCCAUACCUCAUGUUUUUUUUGCGAUGUAAAUGAGAUGUGGAACCAAAAUUUGUAGUCCUGUUUCGCGCCAUAUAACCUAUACUGUGUUGGUGCGCCGUAAAACCCAAAUAAAUAAAUAAAUAUACUGACUAAAGGUUAGUGUUAGGUUUAACAUAGGGGUAAUAGUGUACAUUCAAUACGUGCGUACACUCAAUGUGGGAGAUUUAAUGCCGACCCUGCAACCAGACAAAGCUAAAAUGGAUAAAUUUGUAAAGGUUUUGAAAACUUGUUUGAACAUUAAUUUGGAAUGGGAUGAUAUCGGUAACAAUUCUGACGAUUUAGAAAUAGAGCUGGGAAGGUAAAAAAUUUGUUCGACUUUGGGUAUCCGAUCCACAAAUAGGUAAUAUUUCGAUGCCUGGUGACUCCAUGUUUUUUUGGUAUCAUUUGAAAGAGUUGUAUCUCCUGAACAAGUAUUACUAAAUAAGAUGAUCAUAAAUAAUAUGCAAGAAUCAUUUCAGUCUUUGUUGACCGAAAUGAUAAACUUACACUGUAAUAACUGGAUUUCUGUUGAAGUAUCACUGAAGUAAAAUCAAAGCACUGAAAUACUGAUUGGGUGAUUGUCUUGUCAGUCUGAGGGAAAGUUUGGGUUCGGACCCCGCUACGAACCGGACUGUUAAUGGUUGUGGUCUCACCGUGUCCAACGUAUACGUUGCAUUUACGGCGAGUACGCUACAUACAUGGUAUAUUGUACUUUCCAUUACCGGCAUUUCCUGUUAAUUUUGUCAACAUCCUAUGUGGUGCGGUAAGAAAAACUAUUCAUUUUCAUCGAGGUUCAACGUGUUCAAAGAAGCGAUAUAUUCAGUACGAGCUGCAUAUCAUUCAAGCUCUCCAUGGUAAUGUGAUUUUGGUCAGUAAUUCUCUAGUUUCUUCAAACAUUCGAGUAAACUGACGUGUGAAGUCGGUUCGAACUCGGACGUUCACUUUCAGGUUCAUUUUCUGUCUCUUAAAAUCAUUCUGUUGUUUUUUCAUCUGUUUAACGCGAGAAUAGUAUAACAUGUUACAAAUAAAAAUAUAUAUCAUGGCGUAAAUUCAUGUUUUAGGGGAGCUUUAUGCUAAAAUUAGCGAUGUAAGCCCCAUAAAACGGCGCGUCUACAGAAGUACGCCACAGAAAACGCCCGUUAUAUUUAUAGCAACUGAUUACGUAUGUCUUCACUCGCAUCUAUUCUUUCAUUUUAUUGACACUUUUAACAAUUAUAAACGGUUUUGGAAUUACAUAAUGUAAAAACAGUAAUAUUAAUUAUUCGAAAGAUAAAAUAAACAUGCUUGUUUUGUAUAAACAGUCCGGUAUA